AUGUACGCAAAUGAUCUUCAACAAAUAUGUACCCCACUCUCUUCACCGUAUGGCGAGAUCUCAGGUAGUAACGGAAAGCAAGAUGAUUUCAAAAAGAAAAGAGAUGAAAGUAAGAAGCAACGAAGAAAUCGAACGACAUUUACAACUUAUCAACUUCACGAGCUAGAACAAUCAUUUGAAAGAUGCCAUUAUCCAGAUGUAUAUGCCAGAGAAGCUUUAGCUGCCAAAGUUAAACUACCAGAAGUUCGCGUACAGGUUUGGUUCCAAAACCGUAGGGCAAAACACAGAAGACAAGAGAAGCAGGAAGGAAAUGCUAUAGCUGAUCUUCGGCCUCCAUCCACGCAAAUUCCAUCAUGGUCAUGGAUGAGUUCGAACAAUCUCAGUCAUCAGAAUGCCGCAGCUGUCAACAACAAUCAACAUAUAAAUCCCAACUAUGUCAUUUCGGAUGAACUGUUCAGUUCAUUUUCCACAUUCGAUCAGAAACAAACAUUCAUUCCCGACAUGAAACAGCCACAGUCAUUUUUCUCUUGCAUACAAACUGGUGCAGCCACGGGAUCUUACCCGAACGCUUUCCCUCCUUCUGGGAUAGGAUCGGCAUUGAGUAAUAUGGGAAACAAAGGUCUCGCACCUAUGCAUCUCCCUUCUUCAGGUUCAGCUAACGGAAUUUCAUUGGGUGGAUUUCCGUUAUCAUCUCAGUCAUUAGAAAUGGAGAAAUCGUCUCUCUUACAGGAGAAUUUCGUAAGGUUGCCGUGA